UCUCUGUAUAGUUGGAUGAACUCCCUCCAAAAUUCCUGAGUAUCCCGUGUGGUCGCCAUGGUUAUAAAGGAAAGACUGAGCUGUUGGCGCAAUCAUAGCCACUAACUAUCACUCCUGAUGGUGUAAUCCCCGCUGUGACGUCACAAUCAGUCGACUACAUCAUGGAGGCAAGGGGAGGCAGGAGCUCGGCAGUCAGAGCACAUUUUCGUCCCUUUCCUCACCUCCAGUCACGGAAUAUGAUAACACUACAACUUUGAAUCUACAGCCAGACAUACCCCAGCUGAUCUCAAGUUCCCCAGAAGCACUCAGACGCUUACCCACUCCACACACCAGUGACCAGCAGGCAACUAGGUUUGGCGAGGAUUCAAACACGAGCCGCCUUAGCCAACUACGACACCCAGCCAGUCAAGGAGGUGGGAGAGACUUGCUGGAUGAGGCGUUGGACCAGUUCACUGUGAAAGAAAUCAGUCACCAAUGGGAAUUAUAAUGAAACUGAUGGAUGUCGUUAUGCUGUUACUGAUUAUAUUAGUAACAUUAGCAAACUACAUUAAGGCAUCAGAAUUUCUCGAGGAGGAACGUAUGGUGUUGAAUACGGAGGACGGCAGGAUCUCAGGCUUCAAGGAUUAUUCUACUAAGGGUCUAGAGUUCUUCACCUUCCAUGCAAUCCCAUAUGCCAAGCCUCCAGUCGGUAAACUGCGCUUUAAGGACCCAGUGCCGAUCGAGAGGUGGGAGGAGGUAAGAGAUGGCACGAAGAUACCACCGUCGUGUCCACAGAUUCCCUUUGUCUCUCUUGUCAUGAGGAAACGUGAAUUCGAAGGUGAAGAAGACUGUCUCUUCCUCAGUGUAUUCUCCCCAAUGAGCAGACUAUCUUCUCGUCGCGACAAGCUACUUCCCGUUAUGGUGUUCUUCCACGGUGGCGCCUUCUUCGCAGGAGGGAUCAGUAAAUACAACGGUUAUGUCAUGAUGAAUGAAGAUGUAAUCCUGGUCCUAGUUCAAUAUCGCCUUGGAAUAUUGGGUUUUCUGUCAACGGAGGAUUCUGUGAUGCCAGGGAACUUCGGGCUAAAGGAUCAGACCCUGGCUCUCCGCUGGGUGCAGAGGAACAUUCAUCAUUUUGCAGGAGAUCCAGAUCGUGUGACGCUUUUCGGGGAGAGUGCAGGUGGCGCCUCUGUCCACUAUCACCUCUUGUCUCCGUACUCCCAAGAUUUGUACGCACGAGCCAUCAUGAUGUCAGGGACAUUGUUUAACGGGUGGGCCAUGGGUGGUGCCUACAAGGACGUGGCGCAGUACACGGCCAGACUAUUUGAGUGUCCGGAGUCCCAAGAGGAUGCGGGACAGGUCAGCCACGAUUUGAUGCACUGCCUUCAGGGCGUUGACGUGAAAAACUUGACCCUCUCCUUAAUGGAUCACGUGGUCUUCAACUUCAACCCUGUAUUACUGGGACCACGUGUGGACGGGGAUGUGCUGCCCGCCCAGCCCGAGGUGUUAAUGGUUGAAGGGCGUUAUAAAAUCACUAAUGUCAUCUCAGGGAUCACAUCUCACGAGGGCGGACUCUUUGCGUCGCCCCUGUACAGCAGUGAGAGAAUGAUGUCUGACCUUGUAGAUAAUUUUAUGGAAAUAGGACCAGCGUCCCUAGACUUUAAUGCCGGAGAUGUAGCGCCUGUACAAUUAUCUCAGAGAAUAUUCGACCACUACCUUGGUGGCGUCAAGAUAAAAAAGGCGGAUGCUGAUAAGAUAUGCCAACUGUUUGGUGAUCGUCACUUUAACAUAGGUCACGAUCUCAUGUCAGCCCUCUACGCCAGAAAUGUGGGAGCUACCAAGAUAUUCCUUUACUCACUCGAUAUGGGCAAUGUGGGCGACCGCCCAGGGCGCAAUGUAUCUAGGGAUUGGGUUAAUCAUGUGGACGACAUGUUCUAUUUGUUUACCGGGCAAACCAUAUGGAAGCCUCUUGAGAGGGACGAAGAUUUGAGGCUGAGGGAUAUCAUGACCAAACUUUGGGUGAACUUUGCUGCUUUGGGGAAUCCCACACCUGAUGAGUCUCUUGGGUUCACCUGGGAACCUGCAGCUGCUGAUGAAUUAAAACACCUGUCGCUCACACCUGCACCUGCAAUGACAGGUGACACCAGGAAGGAGGUUCGUGCCUUUUGGGAAACGUUACCCACCAAGCAAAACUAUUGUCUUCAUCCUGAAAAGGUCAUUCCCAUCCCUCAGGACAAAACAAAUGGUUCAGCACAUACUGAAUAUCAAACUGCAUUCAAGAUGCGUAGGAAAUGGAGACAUCAAGAUGAACUUUAAAAAAUGAGACCACCUUGUGGGAAGACUACUGAUAAUAUUAUGAUGUAUGUACAUGACUUUUUCCCUUUGAUUUCUAAGCUUUUUUCAUAUGAUUUCUCUCUGUACCCUAUCCCAAGUUUUGUUCCUUGGCAUUUCGUCACUCCAGUCUCCUAAACCUACUAAUAAUGUCUCACAGGAGUCAAAUUAUUAAUAAAUUUAGUACAGUUAA